AACUCAAGCCAGGCGCCUUUAAAGGCUAUCUUUCUCACAUUUUACUUUUUAAGAUGAUUGAUGUCGUUUUGGUAGAAGAAUGGAUGUGUGAGGGAAAAGAGAGAGGGAUAUAAUAGAGAAGGUGAAAGAGGGAGAGAAAAAAAAAGUUUGAAAAAGAAAGAGUAAUCAUGGAGUUUGAGGCUCUGGAUUGGUUCGGCUGACUUUUUCUUCUAUCUGGAACAAGGGUCUGUGAGAUUUGUUAGAUAUCAUAGAUCUGUGCUCUUAUGUGUACAAAAUCUGGUUUAUCAGAAAUUUUUUCAUAGUCAAUCCAUUUUGGAGAGGCUGGACAGGACAUGGAUUUUUCGGAGUCUACACGAGUUGUGUUCAACAGAAUCCAGAAAUUAGAACCAGAAAAUGUUUCAAAGAUUAUUGGGUAUCUUUUACUGCAAGACCAUGGGGACAGGGAGAUGAUACGGUUGGCUUUUGGUCCUGACAGUUUGAUUCAUUCCUUAAUCAAUAAAGCCAAAGCUGAACUUGUUGUUCUAUCCUCCAAGCAAAAUGGUUCAGGUCCAAUCUCGCCUGGUUCCAUGAAUCCAUCACCCAUUUCAGAUCUGUCCUUGCAGUUUACUCCCUUUUCACCAGCUUCUUCACGGCCGUUUUCAUCGCCGGCCACAUUUAGGGUUGCUGCACCUUACUGGGACCCACAGGUGACAACUGACCAGCAAGGAGUACACAACAUAGACUUCCUUCCACCCACAUAUGGAGACUCGAUCUCUGAUGAGUAUCUUCAUAAUCAAGCUCAGUUCUUGAGUUUGGAGGAUCAGUUAGAGCCUGUUAACAGUUUGGGACCAGAUUUUUCAAACAACUAUUACUAUCCCGAACCAGCAUUGGGAAGUCUAAAUGCAAGAACCAGUAGGAGAUCUCCAAGUCUUCCUGAAUUCCCAGUGAAAGCUUGCCACUACUUCAACAAGGGGUUUUGUAAACAUGGAACCAACUGUAGGUACUUCCAUGGCCAACCCUUUUCGGAUAGCUUCUCUCAGAUCUUUAGCCCAAAUCCGAAUGAGCUUCUUAAUGAGGAUCAUGUCUUCUUACCUGGAUCCCUUGAGAAAUUAGAGUUGGAGCUUACAGAGCUCUUGAAAUCUAGACGGGGCGUCCCUGUAUCAAUUGCUUCUUUACCACUGAUGUAUUAUGAGAAGUAUGGGAGGACCCUCCAGGCAGAGGGUUACCUCACAGAGAGUCAAAGACAUGGAAAGGCUGGGUACAGUCUGACAAAGCUUCUUGCUCGAUUGAAGAAUAGCAUUCGACUUAUUGACAGUUACAGACCUCACGGGCAGCACUCAGUCGUCCUGGCGGAAGACGCUCCAAGAUACAUGGAGUAUAGGAGUGAGAGGAGUGAUCCAGGUGCAAUUGUUGCUGGGUCUCGACAGAUUUAUCUAACUUUUCCUGCUGAGAGCACUUUUUCUGAGGAAGAUGUUUCCAACUAUUUUAAAACCUUUGGGCCUGUUCAAGAUGUUAGAAUUCCCUGUCAGCAGAAAAGAAUGUUUGGUUUUGUGACUUUUGUCUAUCCAGAGACAGUGAAGAUAAUUUUGACCAAGGGAAACCCCCAUUUUGUCUGUGGUGCUCGUGUCCUGGUGAAACCCUACAGGGAAAAAUCCAGGCUUGUUGACAGGAAGUAUACUGAGAAAAUUGAACCCCCACCCUACUACCCGUCUCACUUCUUAGAAAUGGAUCCUGAGCUUCAGUCAAUGCCCAGAAUCUGUGAUAACUCUAGACUGAUAAGGAAGCAGCUUAUGGAAGAGCAUGAACAGGCUCUUGAACUUGAGAGAAGGCGUCUCACCGAGUUGCAGUUGGCACCGAAACAAUUGACUCAGCCAUACUUUGGUUACACCAUGGAUGAACUGAAGCUAUCAGAAGCUUGUGCAGAUCACAAUGAGUUCCCUUCAGCUGAUCGGUUCAAUUACUUAUUGGAUGUUUUAAACAAUGGUUCAACUAGUGAUGACAAAACCAGGCACACAAGCUCAAUUUACACUGACCAGGAGAGCCAAGGAAUUAAUCUUCCAGAGAGUCCAUUUGCAUCUCCAAUACCAAGCAGUAUUUCGACAGUGAUAUAGAUUCAGAAACAGAGAAGAAAUAGAGGUAGAGUACUGGAUAUCCAAGUCUAAUGCACCCCCACCAAAAGAAAGAAAAACCCUUUCCCACCCAAAACUCCAUUUUACACUUUUUUCUCCCCACCCUCCCUCUCUACAUACAUUCAUCUCAAGCAAUCCGUCAAGCUCCGCGCAAGUUCAUACUGAGGAAGAAAGAAACAUAGCUUCUUCUCCCUGAUACAUGGGUGGAGUAGGAGGUUUCAAAGAGGAAUCAGUCAUACAGAAAGCUAGAAAGCUACAUGUAACAAGUUUCUACACUUUUUUUUUACUGUAAUCACAGAAAGCAAGCAAAAAAGUCUGGAACCUAGAAGAGAUGUAUUAUAGUUUGCCUUAGUGGAAGAAAAAAACUACAGAACAUGCAGGGUUCAAAGAAAAAAAAAAGAAGUGUAGAAUCUCUGCAACACUUAGAAACAGAUGGAAAUAAUUUUUACUUAAACAAAGGGUUACUUAGAAUCUUUAUACCA